GUCCAUCUUUACCGCUCUCUUGGACCUGUCACAAAGGAGUCGCGCCGCAGCCGCCGCCGCCCCCUCCCUCGAGUGCGCCCGAGAGCUGGAGAAAAACUGCCACUGGAUGACCAGGAUUCCUUAUAAUUGAUAAUGUUGGAGAUCAACUCUGCAACUUUCUUCAGCAUUCAGUUGUUAAAUACAAAUAGGAUGCAAGUUCCUCAACUCCAGAUUAUGAAAACAGUACCUGGAAAACUGAAAACUAUCUAAAUGAUUGUCUUUGGUUGGGCCGUGUUCUUAGCAAGCAGAAGCCUUGGCCAGGGUCUGCUCUUGACUCUUGAGGAGCACAUAGCCCGCUUCCUGGGGACUAGAGGUGCCACUGCGACCAUGGGCAAUUCCUGUAUCUGCCGAGACGACAGCGGAGCAGAAGACAGUGUUGACACCCAGCAGCAACAGGCCGAUAACAGUGCAGUCCCCGCCGCUGACACGAGGAGCCAGCCCCGGGACCCUGUUCGGCCACCAAGGAGAGGCCGAGGACCACAUGAGCCAAGGAGGAAAAAACAAAAUGUAGACGGGCUAGUGCUGGACACACUGGCAGUCAUACGGACUCUUGUAGAUAAUGAUCAGGAACCUCCCUAUUCAAUGAUUACAUUGCACGAAAUGGCAGAAACAGAUGAAGGAUGGUUAGACGUUGUCCAGUCUUUAAUUAGAGUUAUUCCAUUGGAAGAUCCACUGGGACCAGCUGUUAUAACAUUAUUACUAGAUGAAUGUCCAUUGCCCACUAAAGAUGCACUCCAAAAACUGACUGAAAUUCUCAACCUAAAUGGAGAAGUAGCUUGCCAGGACUCAGGUCAUCCUGCCAAACACAGGAACACAUCUGCAGUCCUAGGCUGCUUGGCAGAGAAACUAGCAGGUCCUGCAAGUAUUGGUUUACUUAGCCCAGGAAUACUGGAAUAUUUGCUACAGUGUCUGAAAUUACAGUCCCACCCCACAGUCAUGCUUUUUGCACUUAUCGCACUGGAAAAGUUUGCACAGACAAGUGAAAAUAAAUUGACUAUUUCUGAAUCCAGUAUUAGUGACCGGCUUGUCACAUUGGAGUCCUGGACUGAUGAUCCUGAUUAUCUGAAACGUCAAGUUGGUUUCUGUGCCCAGUGGAGUUUAGACAAUCUCUUUUUGAAAGAGGGUAGGCAGCUGACCUAUGAGAAAGUGGACUUGAAUAGCAUUAAGGCCAUGCUGAAUAGCAACGAUGUCAGCGAGUACCUGAAGAUCUCGCCUCAUGGCUUGGAGGCUCGCUGCGAUGCCUCUUCUUUCGAAAGUGUGCGUUGCACCUUUUGUGUGGAUGCUGGGGUGUGGUACUAUGAAGUUACUGUGGUCACUUCUGGUGUCAUGCAGAUCGGCUGGGCCACACGGGACAGCAAGUUCCUCAACCACGAAGGCUAUGGCAUCGGGGACGAUGAAUACUCCUGUGCAUACGACGGCUGCCGGCAGCUGAUUUGGUACAACGCCAGAAGUAAGCCGCACCUACACCCCUGCUGGAAAGAAGGAGACACGGUAGGAUUUCUGUUAGACUUGAAUGAAAAGCAAAUGAUCUUCUUUUUAAACGGCAACCAGCUGCCUCCUGAGAAGCAAGUCUUUUCAUCUACUGUAUCUGGAUUUUUUGCAGCAGCUAGUUUCAUGUCAUAUCAACAAUGUGAGUUCAAUUUUGGAGCAAAACCAUUCAAAUAUCCACCGUCUAUGAAAUUUAGCACUUUUAAUGACUAUGCCUUCCUCACAGCUGAAGAGAAAAUCAUUUUGCCAAGGCACAGGCGUCUUGCUCUGUUGAAGCAAGUCAGUAUCCGGGAAAACUGCUGCUCCCUGUGUUGUGAUGAGGUAGCAGACACGCAACUGAAGCCAUGUGGACACAGUGAUCUGUGCAUGGAUUGUGCCUUGCAACUGGAGACUUGCCCAUUGUGUCGGAAAGAAAUAGUGACUAGAGUCAGACAGAUUUCUCAUAUCUCAUGACACACGUGAAGAGGCCUCAUGGACUUAUUUCUACUCAAUUCCAGCCAAUGUUGAAAAGAAAAAGAAAAAAAUCUCUAAUCAGUUGUAUGCACAUUGAAACUUAUAGCCAUGGCCAGAUUUUAUGCUAAAAAAAUGAUAGUUUAUCAAAGACAAAAUUCUCCUAGAAUCUAACCCAACCUGCCAGCCCUGAAAAAUUCCUUUUAAGGGCAAGGAAAGCUGAAUGCCAGUAGCUAGGCCUGUGGUAAUUCCAUGAAAAGCUAUAGGAGAUAAUGCCCUCUUGAGUGCUUGAAACCACACUGGAUUUCUCCAGGUUGGGUUCAUUUGAUUGUGUAACACAGGAUGUUUUGUCUCAUAUUCUAAAGUUUUUAUUUUGGGCAAAAGUCAUUAUGGAGACGUAAAUGAUAGCAUUUCUGGGUUAAGCAUAACUUCCCAUUGGUCAGAGAGCCACUGGUAUCUUAAGCAUGGAUACUGCACUGCAAGACUUGAAGCCGUAAAACUAGAAUCCCACAGGUCAGUACUACAAGCAACAUGGAGGGCCUGAAAGAAGGUGCACAGACUGUAGACAAAACAAAACCCAAUUUUUGAUAUUUCAGUGAUCCCAAAGAACAUUCUAGUUUGUUUUUUUUUUAACUGCAGAAAAUUGGUGGUAUUUUCACAUUCAUGAUGUUUCUAUCCAAUUUCAGUACCCACAUUUUGUGAGGAACAAAUGUUUUAACAAUGCA